CGCAUGACUUCCAUGUUUUGUCUUCCAGUUUAUUCGCCCUCCCAACGUCCAAGAUGCCAUCGUACACCCGCAAGAGACGUUUUAGAUACCCAGGACCCUUAAGACUAAUACCAGUAGAACUCCACAGAGGACGUGCCGUACAAGAACAACUGCAACUGGGCGAAACGUCCUUAUUCACGGCCUUGUAAACCUCCUCACAAGAUAUGAACCAACUGGACACUGACUAGACCAAUGUAAGACAGAAUCGACUUCAAAGAUUGUGGUCACCAUAACUGAAGAGGCGAUUCAAGGAGUGAAAUUUAUUAUUUGCUGCCAAUUUAUUCAUAUGGUCAUACUUUACUGAAGUGUACCUUUCAAUUACUACCUUAGUUUGAUUCCAGCCUUUGAUUUCUUAAAGGUCACAAAACACCAUGGGAAGAAUAUUACGAUAUGUGCUUAUUUUCCUUCUCAUCGUCUUCGAGGAGCCCAGCAUCCUCUGUAAGCCAAAGAAUCGCUGUAGGAGGAAGUGUAGCACCUCGACCUGCAUGUGCAUCAGGAUGCGCCUCAGACGCAUCCCCCCGCACCUUCCAACAUCCAUCCGUGAGUUAACUCUGGACAUGAAUCGGAUUACAUCUUUAAAACAGUCAGAGCUCAGGUAUAGGAGCCUGAAGAAAUUGUCUCUCAAAGACAACAAAAUAACUGACAUCCAGGUUGCCUCAUUCUCAAAUCUACCAAAGCUGGUGUUUUUGUACCUAAACUGCAACAAGAUAACUGGCAUUCAUCCAGGUAUAUUCUCAAAUCUGCCAAAUCUCGAAAAAUUGUCCCUAGCCUUCAACCAGAUAACUGACAUUCCGUCUGCUACAUUCUCAAAUCUACCCAAACUCUCACAUUUGUAUCUAAGAGACAACCAGAUAGCUGCCAUUCAUCCAUUCUCAAGUCUACCAAAACUCACAGGGUUGUACCUAACCUCCAACCGGAUAACUGACAUGAAGUCUGAUACACUCUCAAAUCUACCAAAGCUGACAACUUUGUCCCUAAGCUCCAACGAGAUAACUGACAUUCAUUCCGACACAUUCUCAAAUCUACCAAAUCUUAGACAAUUGUACCUAGACUCCAACAACAUAACUUGUAUCCACCCUUGUACAUUCUUAAAUGUACCAACGCUUAACGCAUUGUCCCUAAAGUCGAACCAGAUAACUGACAUUAAGGCUGGUACAUUCUCAAAUCUACCAAAGCUCACACAUUUGCUCCUUGCAUCCAACCAGAUAUCUACCCUUCCCCUGUCAGAUUACAACAUCUUGGCAUCUAUUGCUGUUGUUAAUAUUGAGGAGAACCCCUGGCAGUGUGACUGUAGGAUGGCUCCCUUCAGGCGAAAAAUGAAUGGGUCUCGUUCCUUUGAAGGCCAAAUAGUAUGUUCCCAGCCCGCCAUGUUCUCUGGAAAAAAGCUUAUAGAAAUCGACCAGAAAGAACUGGUCUGCAAAGACGAUGGCCAAUUGGAAAGUCGUAAUAUUUCUUACAAUUCCACCACUCCCCGCACCUCACACUCACACUAUCACUGGUACUUUAAACGAAGCGACGAAUCAACAGAACGCAACACAUUCAUCACACUGUCUGUUGACCCGAGUAAACCAGAAAACAACACUUCCCAUGAAUCUGGUCUCAGUUUCAUCUUACUAGUUGUCAUUGCCUCUGUCUCUGGUUUGAUAGUUGGCGUCCUGAUUGAUACCAUCAUUCUCCCAAUUUGGCACAAGAGGAGGAACAGAAAUCCCCGUUCACGCAAAGAUCCCAAAGAUGGUUUGAAUGAUCAAGUUAAGGCACACCUAGCUGCCUUGCAGGUUAAUUAUUCCUACGAAAGUAUCAGCACUCAUCAGUAUGAAAAUAACGACCAACAUUCUCCAAGUAAUGACGAUCACCAGUAUGAAAAUAACGACCAACAUACUCCAAGUAAUAACGAUCACCAGUAUGAAAAUAACGACCAACAUACUCCAAGUAAUACCGAUCACCAGUAUGAAAAUAACGACCAACAUACUCCAAGUAAUGACGAGCACCAGUAUGAAAAUAACGACCAACAUACUCCAAGUAAUGACGAUCGCCAGUAUGAAAAUAACGACCAACAUACUCCAAGUAAUACCGAUCACCAGUAUGAAAAUAACGACCAACAUACUCCAAGUAAUACUGAUCACCAGUAUGAAAAUAACGACCAACAUACUCCAAGUAAUACCGAUCACCAGUAUGAAAAUAACGACCAACAUACUCCAAGUAAUACUGAUCACCAGUAUGAAAAUAACGACCAACAUACUCCAAGUAAUAACGAUCACCAGUAUGAAAAUAGUGACCAGAAAAAUACCAGUGAUCAUGAUCACCAGUAUGAAAAUAACGACGGAGGUUCUCCUUGUAGCAACCAACAGACUCCCAGUGAUCAGUAUGAAAAUAGUGACGAUCAAAAUCCCAGUCAUCACAAGUAUGAAAAAUAUCGACCAAGGAGGUUCUCCUUGUAGCGAUUAACACAAUCCCAGUGAUCACGAUCACGAGUAUGAAAAUAGCGACCAAACGUAAUCAAUCAAUGAUGGAGACUGGGAGGAGCCAGUCUCAGGCCAUCACUGAAUCCAACACACACAAACACCUAGUAUCUAUAUGAUCACCAUGUAUAUAUAAACAUAGAAACCCAUUUCAAUUUAUAAUCCCCAUGUACAAAUGUGAAAACGAUCAGACAGGUCGUCUGCAUGCGCAAUCUCAAACUACCCUGAUCAGAAAUGAAUCAUUGGAUACUAGAAAUGCAAUACAACUGGCAGAACAACCUAAUCCUGUGUAAAAAUGUGAAAUUGAUCUUUCAGGGCAGGGCAAAAGUUAGUACUCGUGUAGCCCUCUAGUGUAGCGUCACUGUACAAGUGUGUGGCCAAAGGGCUAUAGAAUUGGAGUUUGAUACAAUAGUCUGCCCAAUACACCAGAGGUAUUUUGAAAGAUGCUAUCCUUUUCUCUUACUAGCAUGUAAAUCUGUAAAUAGUAAGCCGUUGUCCAUUCAGUGACAAAUUCGGAAAAUACGAGUAGAUGCUUUACUUAAAGCAUGAAAGGUCAUCUGAGUUGGUAAAAUACAUGAAGAAAGUUAAACUG